AUGCGAGGGGCGGAGGCGGCCCAGAGGCAGAUCCCCUGGUACACGGGUCCAUUGAGUCUGUUCCGACAUUGGAUUUUUGGCCCUUGCAGGUGCACAGGAACGGGCCAAACGGUGAACGAUUGCUACAGCCGACCAUUUGGGGGGAACCGGAUCAGCCAGGCGGUGCUGGGGGCCCAUGAGGGUGGCGUCUUCGGGCUGUGUGUGCUGCGCAAUGGCACCAUCGUCUCGGGCGGCGGCAAGGACCGCCGGGUCGUGCUCUGGGGGCGCGACUACCAGAAGCUGCAGGAGAAUGAGGUCCCAGAGAGCUUCGGGCCCGUGCGCACCAUCGCAGAAGGCAAAGACGACACCCUCUUCGUGGGGACGACCCGCAACUCUGUGCUGCAGGGCUCGCUGGCCACCGGCUUCUCCUCCCUGGUGCAGGGUCACACAGAGGAGCUCUGGGGCCUGGCCACCCACCCCAGCCUGGACCAGUUCCUGACCUGUGGCCAGGACAGGCAGGUUCAUCUGUGGAGCGUGGCCACCCGCCGGCCGCUGUGGAGCAAAGCCAUCGAGGACGCGGCCCGCUCGGCUGGCUUCCAUCCCAACGGCCCCGUGCUGGCGGUGGGGGCGGUGACGGGAAGGUGGCUGGUGCUGGACACGGAGACGCGGGACCUGGUCACAAUCCACACGGACGGGAGCGAGCCCAUCUCCGUCGUCAGCUUCUCGCCAGAUGGCAGCUACCUGGCCGUGGGCUCGCACGAUAACUUCGUCUACGUGUACGGUGUCUCCGAGGGCGGUAGGAAGUACAGCCGCGUUGGCAAGUGCUCGGGUCAUUCCAGUUUCAUCACUCACCUAGACUGGGCAGCUGACAGCAGCUGUUUCGUCACCAACUCUGGGGACUACGAGAUCCUGUACUGGGACCCCACCACCUGCCGGCAGAUCCCCAACGCCGGAGCCGUGCGCAACCUGGAGUGGGCCACGGCCAGCUGCGUGCUGGGCUUCGGGGUCUUCGGGAUCUGGCCGGAGGGCGCGGACGGGACAGACAUCAACGCCGUGUGCCGCUCCCACGAUGGCAAACUCCUGGCCUCCGCCGACGACUUCGGCAAAGUGCACUUGUUCUCCUACCCCUGCUGCCAGCCGCGGGCCCCGAGCCACGCGGCCGGCGGGCACAGCAGCCACGUGACCAACGUUGCCUUCCUGCCCGACGACAGCCUGCUGCUUUCCACCGGCGGCACCGACACCAGUGUCCUGCAAUGGCGUCUCGUCUAGGGGGCGGGGCAUGGGGGGCCGGC